CAGCACAUUUUCUCAACGAUUUCCUGUUUUUUUUCUCGUGGGCCUUUAUGAUUAAGGAACUUUGCAGCAAUGAUCGCCUUUUUCUUGAAGGGCAUGCUUAGAAGUGAGACAGGAGAGUCGGUGAAACUUCAUGAUUUACAAGCCCUUGGUAUUUAGAUGAAUAUUUCACUGUAAAUAGUGGUAUCACGCACGCUACGGAAUCUUGCAUCACAAAAUGCAUCGAGACAAAACUACUUCCUUGUGUUUGCUGUUUCUUGUUAUAAUCUGGGGAGACUGUAUGACCAAGGAGGAGAUAGAGAGAUACAGACUCAAGACGAAAGCUAUGUUUUACCAUGGAUAUGAUAGUUAUCUUAAUUAUGCUUAUCCUUAUGACGAGCUAAAGCCUUUGUCGUGCAGUGGGCAAGACACAUGGGGAAGCUACUCAUUGACACUGAUAGAUGCCUUGGAUACUCUGUUGAUUCUUGGGAAUACCUCAGAGUUUCAAAGGAUUUCAUUGUUGCUGGAAGAAACAUUAGAAUUUGAUAUGGAUAUCAAUGUAUCUGUGUUUGAAACAAACAUACGAGUUAUUGGAGGCCUGUUGUCAGCUCACUUACUUGCACCAAGAGCAGGAGUGACUGCAGAGGAAGGAUGGCCAUGCCAAGGACCACUGUUAAGACUCGCUGUGGAUGUCGCAGAGAGACUGCUACCAGCAUUUAACACUCCAACUGGGAUGCCAUAUGGCACAGUAAACCUUCGUUAUGGAAUUCCACCUUCGGAGACACCAGUCACCUGUACUGCAGGGUGUGGCACCUUCAUUAUUGAGUUUGGAACUAUCAGUGUGCUGACAGGUGAUAAAAGAUUUAUCAAUGCUGCUAUAGGAGCACUUGAAGGUCUGUGGAAAAGCAGAUCAAAACUUGGACUGGUGGGUAACCAUAUUGAUGUAGUUAGUGGUAAAUGGACAGCACAAGAUGCAGGCAUUGGUGCCGGUGUAGACUCUUACUUCGAGUAUCUCCUUAAAGGAGGUAUACUGUUUGGUUCACCAAGGUUGAUAGACAUGUUUAAAGAAUUUUAUAGCAAGGUUCAACAGUACCUGAAGAUCAGUGAUUGGUAUGUGUGGGUCCACAUGGACAAAGGUCAGAUUACGAUGCCAAUCUUCCAGUCCCUUGAUGCCUAUUGGCCAGGACUUCAGACGUUAUGGGGCGAUAUUGGACCAGCAUCAAGGACCCUUCAAAAGUACCACAGCGUAUGGCGGCACUUUGGAUUCAUUCCUGAGUUUUAUCAGAUUUCUUCUGGAGAACCUUAUUCUGGAAGAGCUGGUUACCCCUUAAGACCAGAGUUGAUUGAAAGUGCCAUGUACCUGUACCGUGCAACACAGGAUCCUUAUUUCCUAGAAGUAGGAAGGGAUAUGUUGGAAUCAAUAGAACAUAGUGCUAGAACACCAUGUGGAUAUGCCACAAUAAAAGAUGUAAAAACACAUGAAAAAGAAGAUAGAAUGGAAUCUUUUUUCUUAGCGGAAACAACUAAGUACUUGUAUCUCUUAUUCGAUGAGCACAAUUUUAUUCAUCAGAGCAAUGGUUCAGUGGAUCAUCAAAUAAAACCUUCUCUGUCACCAUCGUGUAACACUGGAUCAGCAGGAUAUGUCUUCAACACAGAGGCACACCCUAUCGAUAUUGGCGCUAUUCAUUGCUGUUCAUCCUCAAAACUUACACAUAUACCUGAAAAUUUAAGAACUAGAAGAAUGUCAUUUACAGGAACUAAAGGGGAAUCAGAAGUUUUAUUGGAAAACAUUGAUGAUGAUAGCAGUCAAGGAGAGAAAACUUUUACUGGCUCUUACACUUGACAGGCAAGACCAUUCCAUAAGAAACUGUCAGUAUUAGGAGCAUUUAUUGAAGGAUCUCAAGAGCUACCAGGGAACACUUGAUAAAUGAAAUUUGUUUUUCUAUUAAUAAAUUAUAUUGUAAUUUCGAAACAUAUCAAAUGAAUGUUAUUUUCUACACAGCAGAGAAGAUGAAACAAUAUUUUGAGCAAUGCUGGAGUAGACAAGAAAUUUGUAAAUAUAUAUAUACAUAUAUAAUUUAUUGUGUUUUGUAGUGUGAAGCACAUUUAACAAAUUGAUUACA